CAGCCUGGAUAUCUUGGCCAAACCCCUUCCUAUCCCGGAUCGCAGCCCUCAGGGUAUCCUGGAUCGCAACCUGAGACGUCAUACCCGACCCCGGCUUCCUCGUCCUAUCCCGUCCAGUCCAGCGGAUAUACUAGCCAGCCCGCUGGAUAUCCUAGUCAAUCCACUGGAUAUCCUAGUCAAUCCGCUGGAUAUCCUAGUUUAUCCGCUGGUUACCCUAGUCAAUCCGCUGGAUAUCCUAGUCAAUCCGCUGGCUUUCCUAGCAAAUCCAGUGUAUCUUCUAGUCAGCCUGGAUGUUUUUCCGGCCAGUAUGGCGGAUUUCCUGCACAACCGGGCGGAUUCUCGGGUCGUCAGAGCUCCCGGCGCGUGCCUUCUCCCGCAGUAUCCCCAGUCGGCCCGCUGUGCGCGACCUCCGCCGCUGGAGUCGCCUGGUACCGGGACAGGCUGCAGGGCACCAUCAGGCCGGCGGCCGGCUUUGACCCGGCCUCGGACGCCCACGCGCUCCGGAAGGCCAUGAAAGGCCUCGGAACGGACGAGAAGGCCAUUAUUGAGGUUCUGUGCCGGCGCAGCAACGCGCAGCGGCAACAGAUCAGCGUCCAGUACAAGAGCGGCUACGGAAGGGACCUGCUCAAGGACCUGAAGUCUGAGCUGGGCGGAAAGUUUGAGGACGUGAUCCUGGGCCUGAUGAUGCCGCCGUACGAGUUCCUGGCCUACCAGCUGCACAAGGCGAUGGCGGGCGCCGGGACGGACGAGGAUGUCCUCUUUGAGACGCUCUGCACCCACAGCAACGCCGAGAUCCGCGCCAUCCGCGACACCUACCAGAAAAUGUAUAACCGUGACCUGGAGCGCGAUGUAACCAAAGAGACCAGUGGCCAUUUCAGGAAAAUACUCGUAGCUCUGCUGCAGGCCAACCGCGAUGAGUCGGGUCAGGUCGACCAGGCGAAGGCUGCCAACCAGGCCCAGGCCCUCUACAAGGCUGGCGAGAAGAAGAUGGGCACAGACGAGGAGACGUUCAAUGUGAUCCUGGUCACCCAGAACCCUGCCCAGCUGCAGGCCAUAAUGGCAGAGUACGAGAAACUCAGCAAGAAGGGUCUCAUCAAGGCGAUCGAGUCGGAAACCAGCGGGGAUUACCGACAGGCGCUGCUGGCUAUUGUGAAGAGCUCCCUGAACCGCACUGCCUACUUCGCCGAGCGGCUGUACGACACAAUGAAGGGCCUGGGGACGCGCGACAACGACCUCCUGAGGCUCAUCAUCUGUCGGGCCGAGUACGACCUAGCAAACAUCAAACAGGAGUUCCUGAAACUCUACGGCAAAACUCUGGAGAAGGCUGUGUCGAGUGAAACGUCGGGCGACUACAAGAAGGCCCUAAUAGCCAUCAUCGAAGGCAACUGAUUGAUGUCACCGCGAACCCUGGGCGGCAUAUUCUGAACGCCUCGAUGGAACUGUAUGGGGGCGCCUACCCGAUCCAGAGAGGUUGGUAGACCACCAGAGAUGGUGGGCGGUAUCGCUUCACCUGUUCGUUGAAGCAAGGUCGUGUUAUGAACAGUGCGUAUCUGUCUAGCGCUAGCGGCCAAGGGACUGGCUAAUUCGCUGAACAGGGGUACAGCUUUCUAUCAAUGGGAUGGAUGAGCAGGUUUUUGUAUUGCUUUCUCGUUUUUACAACGAUAUGGCGCGUCAUAUUUUUCAAAGUUAUUUGGUGGUAGGUUUAGGUCUUUGAACAAUGUGAAGACCAAUGAAACUUGGUAGACAUCUAGCAAGCCGAUUAAAGCAUAUGGCUUGAUUUUUUUUAACUACUUAACUAUUUACGUGUUACAGUGGGGUUAAGGUGACUCCACAAUGGAUGCCCAAUUGAGGUUUUCUAUGACUAUUUAUGUACUUCCAAUGUUCUCCCAACUCUAUCUACUCAUUGAAGAUGCUUGCCAAUGGAAUUGGUUUUACGAAAUAUGUAACUAUGUGCUAUUAUAUGGAUGAUUUCUGCGUGGGGUGUGUCACGUGCUAAUGCCCAAUCCUUUAGGAUCAUGGUAAAAUGGUACAACUUGUUACCUUGUGAGUUCUAGUAACAGUGGCCCUGGGAGCUGUACCUUAGCCGGGGCGAUACGACUCAAAAGUACACCGGUGUCAUCAGUGCUUCAAACCUCAAUCUCCAAUUCUACAUUAUCUACAAUAUCUCCAUCAAGACACAGCAUGUCAUACUACAACUACAUGGUGUGUUUCGGCUUCUGUCCUCUUAAUGCGCUAUUUAGCCUGUGGUUUACCUCUUUAUCUGGCGUUACUAUCCGAAUGUGCGCGUGAUGUUGCAGUGUUCAGCUGUGAAGAUCGUGCCACGCUUGUGACUGCUGCCUUCUAUGGUCUGAAUGUCCUGUUAUUGAUGUUCAAUACAGUGACCACGAUA